GUCGAGCUGACUGAUCCGAGCAACGAGCACUGUCUUUCACCUCGCGAGUCCAUAAACCCUAGUUUCUACAUUUACAGAGCUCCACGUUCACGCUUACCAUACCACAUGACUGGAAUCAGCAGCAGAAGGACAGCGAGGAGCAGGAACAGACAGUCUAAUGACGAAGAUCCUUCGUCUCAGACCCAUAACCUAGUUCCUAAUCUCCUAAGAGAGAGACGAAGAAAGCCUGGCUUGCUCAGGGUUGCAGAGUUCAAUUUGAAGGCUAUUUUAGGGUUUUGUGUUCUCGGGUUAUUUAUCUGGCUUGUGAUGUAUAAUUCUUUGUGGUUGCGUGAUAAUGCGAAUCUACCUCGGGUUGUCACUCCAUUGCCUGCUCCCAAGAUGAUGGACCUGCCUCAGUUUCAAGGGGAGCAUAGGGAAAGCAUGUAUUGGGGAACUUACAGGCCACACCUUUAUCUAGGGAUUCGAGCAAGGACUCCGAAGUCAUUAAUGGCUGGAUUGAUGUGGAUUGGACUCAAGGAUGGGCAAUACUUUCUAAGGCAUGUUUGCGAAGAUUCAGAUGAUCUGCGCACUUAUGGAUGGCUUCGUCACAAUGGGCGGGAUUAUGGACAACAGGUGUUGGUUGAUCAAGAUACGCAUAUAUCUACUUCCUUUCUGAAAUCCCAUGAAAUUGGGUCCGGCUAUGGUGGAGAUUGGGCUGUACGAAUCGAUGCAAAUCUGGAUAAAUCUCCCAUGAAUGAGGUGUCAUUAGAAAAUGGUCAUUUUUUCUUCUACUUAGCAGAUGAAGGAGGAUAUCCCUUAACUAUAGACCAAGAAGCAUUUGAUUUGCAGAAAAGUUCUCGUUUAGUGUCAGGCUCUCGUGAAGAUGUUGGUGGUUGGGAGCUCCAUAUAAACUCUUCGGAUGACAUGGAAAUCCACUAUGCUGGCUUCAAAACUUCUCACAUGCAUAAUUUAACCGAUCUUGUUCAGAGAACCCUUGCAGUUCAGACGAGAAGGAUGGGGCGCUUGCAACUACCUGACACUUUUGAUAUUUCUGCCAAUAUUGCUGUUUUCCAGAUUUCUGCAAAAUUAUCUUUCAAAGUGGACUUGGCAUUUGUAUCUGGCGUUGGUCUGAAAACUUCAAGGGUUGCAGAGCGUGUCAAGAGCCUAACAGGGGUCUCUUUAAGUAAGAAGUUGAAUGAGAAAGAAGAUUUUUUCGAUGCGAAAUUUACGAGGCAUUUCAACUUAACCGAUAAGGUUGGCCUUGAGGCUCUGACAGUUGGUAAGGCUUCUAUUGGAAAUCUGCUAGGAGGUAUUGGAUACUUCUAUGGGCAGUCAAAGAUUGCCCUUCUGAAGAGUACGGAUAAUGGAGACGGUGAAAAUUUUAUUUCUUAUUGGCCAGCUGCUUUAUAUACAGCUGUUCCAAGUCGGUCUUUCUUUCCAAGGGGAUUUCUAUGGGACGAGGGGUUUCAUCAGCUACUUAUUUGGCGCUGGGAUAUUGGCAUAUGCUUGGAUAUCAUUGGCCACUGGUUAGAUCUAAUAAAUGUUGAUGGGUGGAUUCCUCGUGAGCAGAUCUUGGGAGCUGAAGCUUUGAGCAAAGUACCUGAUGAAUUUGUUCGUCAGCAUCCCACAAAUGGCAAUCCACCAACAUUAUUUCUUGUUCUACAGGAUCUUACCGUUGGUAUCGAAAGAAACAUAUUUUCUCCCGGUGAAAGUGAUGCAAUUGCUGCAUUUCUGGAGAGGGCCUUCGUCAGACUUGAAGCAUGGUUUCAGUGGUUUAAUACUACCCAAUCAGGGAAGGAACCAGGCAGCUUUUAUUGGCAUGGGAGAGAUAAUACGACAGUUCGUGAGCUGAACCCUAAGGCCCUGUCCUCUGGUUUGGAUGAUUAUCCUCGUGCAUCUCACCCUAGUGAGGAAGAGAGGCAUCUGGAUCUAAGAUGUUGGAUGCUUCUUGCUGCAAAGUGCAUGCAUUCCAUUUCUAACCUUCUUGGAUCAACAAAUAGACUGGAAAAAGGAUACAGUUUAAUGGCUGAAGAGCUUUCCAAUUUUGAUUAUCUCAAUGAGAUGCAUUCUGAUGGUGUUACUGGAGUUUACUGUGAUUAUGGGAACCACACUGAGAAGGUAAAAUUGAGAUGGCUAGAAGUGAUGGGCAAUCAUGCACAGCGAGAACUUGUUCGGGUCGUUACAGAAGCACCAAAGUUGGGUUUGGUACCCCAUAUUGGUUAUGUCAGUCUCUUCCCAUUUAUGAUGAAGAUUAUUCCAUCUGACUCUUGGAUCCUUGGAAAACAACUUGAUAUUAUCGCCAAUCAAAGCAUCCUAUGGACCAAAUAUGGACUUCGAUCUCUUGCAAAAACCAGCUCAUUGUACAUGAAGCGCAAUACCGAGCAUGACCCACCUUACUGGAGAGGCCAGAUUUGGAUGAAUAUGAACUACAUGACACUUUCAGCCCUUCGACAUUAUGCCCAAGAGGAUGGACCUCAUAAGGAAAGAGCCAGCACGGUCUAUAAAGAGCUUAGGGAGAUAUUAAUCAGGAAUGUUGUACAGAACUACCAUCGCAGUGGGUAUUUGUGGGAACAAUAUGAUGAGACAAAUGGAGGCAAGGGAAAGGGUUCACGCCCCUUUACUGGCUGGACUUCCCUCAUUCUUUUGGUAAUGGCCGAAGCAUGAUAGAAUAAGAGGUUUUAGCCCUUGUAUUCUCGAUAAAUGUUCUGAAUUGAUGGUUUACCAUUGCAAAGGUUACUCGGAUCUAUGCACUACACUCUACAUUAGACGAAAUGGCUUGGUGCACUGCCCACUGCAUUAGCAAUUGAGGAGAUUGUUUGGUUUCAAAUUGUGUACCAGCAGCUCUGCACAUCCAAUGUCAAUUGUGGAUGAUGAGUGAAGGUUUUCUUCCUCCACUUCAAACUUCAUAAAAUCUUAAGAAAUAGAAAUCAAAUAUUU